UAAUAACGAAAUAAGGCUCUACUGAAACAAUUAGAGCCAGCGCAUCAAGAAAUCAAACCAUUUUAUUAAAGUUUCACCACAGACAACUGAGCACAGCAAACAGAGCGGACGUCUGCCCAUGCGCAUACGCGUCGCGUUUAUGAUGAAAAGUCGGAAAUGGGUGAGGCCAUUUGGAAUUUUGGCGCGAGCGCGGAGCGUUGGGUUCCCUUCUCGAAGUUUGGCGCGCUCCUCAGAGAAGGGAGAGGAGGAGGAGGUGCGGUGGGGGGGACUGAGCGGAAAAAACCCGGGAUUGCUGCGUCUGGGAGCCCACGGAGAAUCCGAGCUUUUCUUCUUUCGCGACUCCGAAUUUAGGAGGUAGAAUUUAAGUAGACAUGCCGGUACCUCUUGACUGUUCAGGUGCUGUGUCUCAGUUGAGCCAUACUCCUUUGCCAGUGCCUGCCUACUUCAAGGAAGCAGAAUGCAGUUUUUCCAUCAAAAAGACCCGCCAACCACUGAGCUAUACCCUUCCUCCACGGCCACGCCACAAGAACACAUUAACUGUGAGUCGAAUUUUCUCUGAUCGCCGUCUGCAAUCUUGGACAAAGCUUCAGCCACGUAGUGUUUCCUUCCAUGGCUUGCACAAGCAGAAAUUGCCUCUACAUAAUCAUCUGUAUGAUGCUUCUAAAAGAGAGUUGUUUUUCAGGCAAUGUUUUCAGAAACUCAGCUAUUUGGGAGGAGGAUCUUUUGGAGAAGUAUAUAAGGUACGGUCUCAUGAAGAUGGUCAGUUGUAUGCAGUGAAGCGUUCUGUGGAGCCUUUCCGGAGUGAGGGUGACAGGCAGCGCAAACUGGCUGAGGUGCGCAAGCAUGAGCAUGUGGGGCACCAUCCCAACUGUGUGAGCUUUAUACAGGCUUGGGAGGAGCGUGGUCAGCUGUACAUCCAGACAGAGUUAUGCCCGGGCACCCUGUUGCAGUACUGUGAGGAAUAUGGCCCUCUGUCUGAAUGGCAAGUUCAGACCUUUCUUUGGGAUAUGCUUCAAGGACUGCGCCAUUUACAUGAUCGUAAUCUUCUACACAUGGAUAUCAAGCCAGCUAACAUCUUUGUAUCAUCAACCAAUAUCUGCAAGCUGGGCGACUUUGGGCUAAUGCUGGAGUUGGACUCUGGGGAUCUGAGAGAUGCUCAAGAAGGGGAUCCACGCUACAUGGCCCCAGAAUUGCUCCGUGGAGAAUAUACCAAGGCUGCUGAUGUCUUCAGUCUUGGCAUAACUAUCCUAGAAAUUGCCUGUAAUAUGGAGCUCCCCAAUGGAGGUGAAGGUUGGCAGCAACUUCGACAAGGUUAUUUGCCUCCUGAAUUCACUGCAGGUCUCUCAGUUGAACUGCAGAAACUUCUAGUUGCCAUGUUGGAACCUGAUCAUCUUCUCCGGCCCUCGGUGGAGAUGUUACUUAAUUCUAGUCUCAUGCAGAAAACUCAGAAGCGACGAAAACUUGUGCUAUUAGCACAAUCUGGGAUCCAGCAGUGUGUCUCCAUGUACAAAACUCUCCUCAGGUUCAUGCAAUGGCUCUGGAGAGCUGUGUGCAGUCCAACUCAGUGGUUGCUCUUUUGGCAUCCAACUGUUCCAGCUACACCACCACAUUCACCAUAUCUUCUUCCCCUGGAAAACAGCAGUGAGUGGGAUGGAGAAAAUAAGGGUGAUGAAGAGAGCCUUGGUGAGGAUGUGCUUGAGCCUUCAGAGAUAAGUGAACGACAUAAUCACACUUGCCCUGUGAAGCUGCAGUCCUUGGAUAAACAGCCUGUUUCCCCCCUCCUUACCAUAUCCCCAUGUGCAAGAAGCACCUCCACUCCGCGGCAUCCCUCACCCCAACAGACUAGUUUCAGGAAAAGCAGGUCUUUUACACUCCAGGGAAGUCCCAACCUUAGUUGCAUUAGUCUAAAGUCCUCAUGCAGCAGCCCCACUUCAUCAAAUAUGUUACCUGUGAAUACAUUGCAACAUACACCAACACAUGAUGAAGAUGAAUGGGAAUCUGUUUUACAUCAAUGCUCCACUUUUGAGCCAAAAAAUUUGCUAAGCUUAUUUGAGGAUUCUCUGGCAUCUGAGCAAAAAUGUCAGAGCUGAUGGGGAAAUUAUAUUUAUUUGCUGGUUCGCUUAGGCCCUUUUUUUGGAACAGGAAGAAGCUCUUGUCAUUAGCAUUAUGCUAGAGGUCAAUAUGCUGAGCGGUACCAAAUUUUGACUGAGUUCAGACUAGCAAAGGAAAGGCAAGUUUUCACAGAUGCUUUACUGUGUAUAGAUUUUAUCUAUAUAUGAGGCUGUUUUUGAGAUAUUUUUUUGCUUUAUAAUUUAAGAAUAUUAUUUUGCUGGCAAUCAGUAGAAAGCAGAUGACUCUGUUACUAUUUAAUAGAAAAGGCAUCCUACUUUUAUACAAAUUUAAGGAUUGAAUACCUUCUGCAUACAUUUAUAAGUUUUGUGUUUGUAUCCCAAAGAUUUUUUGUCAUUUGUGGAAUUGGACUACUCUUUCAUUCUGGGGAUUUACAAAUGUGGUAGUUUAAGUCAUGAUAAUAAAAGCAUUCAGAAUUUUCACUAACUGGUCUGUUUCCUUUUUAAAAAAUAUGACUAUAAAGUAAAACUCCUUUACGGAAAAAAAAAAAAAGACUUAAAGGAGAUGUUAUUUAAAGCCAAGUGUAAUAGAUGAUGAGGGAAGCUAUUUGAGUUUCUUGUUUAAUGGAAGAAAUCUUGAAAAUACAGACCUUUAUAGAGAAGUGACUGUAAACUCUGCACAGUAUUAUUAGCUCCCCAUAUUUUGUCUCUUGGUUUCGGGAUUUUCCAAUCAGAUUAUAUGAGAUGCCUACUCUUACUGAGUAGAGAAAAAAGUGACUGGUUGAUUAAAAAUGUGCUUUCCUGGAAGCUUAUUCAUUUUACUUUAGUGAGCUCCUAUUAGGAUAUAAUUAGGAUGCAUGUAUUCUUAUUUUAUAAUAUCCAACUGUAGACUCAUGUAGGC